AUGAGUGAUGAUGGUAGCAGGAUGAGCUCGAAAUUUGAAAAAGAAACGGAAGAUUUGGAAGUGGCACUGAUGACAGAUUCAAAUUCGGAUGAGAAGAAAUGCGUAUAUGGUGGAUUUACGAAUGAAGCUUAUGAGGAGUUGGUGCGUUACCAUCGUAGCAAAGAAAUUCCUAAACGUCUUCAGGGUCAUCUGAAACAUCGAAUUGACUGUUUCAAGAGGAAAGCCAAAAGAUUUCAACUAAUUGAGGGAACUGAUCAGCUGAUUUAUAUUGGAUUCAAACCAGAUCACUCAACGGUGGGACAGUUUGUUGUGAAAAAAAAUGAAGUUGAAAAAAUCCUUACUCAGGCUCAUUUGGAAUCAAAUCACGGUGGUUUAAAUGCUACACGUAAAAUGGUUUCAACAAAAUUUUAUUGGAACUCAAUUACAAGCGAUGUUGAGCAGUUCAUCAAGCAAUGUCCACGUUGUCGUAUUACACGUAUGCGAUACGUUGCAUCCAAUAAUGUUCCUUGGCGUAAAGGUGGGCGAUAUGGGGAUAUUUACACAGGUAAUUGGGAUGGAAGCGAAGAUGAUUAUGCACUUUCUGAUCGUUCUUACAGUCGAACUUGGAAAUUUACUCGAAAUCUGAAUGGAAGCGAAUAUGCCAAGUACUCGCCGGAUAACGUACUUCCUCAGCAUUGGAAGCAUGAUAGAUCUACAAAUGACGUUAUGGUUACGGAUGAAAUGACAAAUGAAGAUAUCGAUAUCGAGAAUGAUGCUGAUGAACUGGGUGCUUCUGAAGGAAGAAUAGAUACACAGAUGUUAUUGCCUCAGUACUUUCGUGUCAGGCCUGUUCAACCGCUCACUAAUAGAUCACAUUUCGCAGAGUGGAUGGAAAAGGAGCAAGUACUAGACUAUGAUGAAUCUUACGGUAAUCCAGAGGAUGCGUAUUAUGAAGAUGAUUUUAUUGUUGGCGAAAGUAUGGCGAACAUUGCGCCAGCAACAACUGGUGAUGAAAGAUUAGUUUCAGAAGAUAGUUUGGAUGGCGGCAUUGAUAGGCCAAAUCCUACAAAAGCUACCAUGUGCAAAGAAAAAUUAGUCGAAAAUGCUCCAGUUAAGCGACGGUACGUGGAAGACGGUCAAGAGUACAUCAUUGAAACAGACAGAAAAUAUUUUAUGGUUGAAGCAGAGCAACUUCUGCAGCUUUUCAAAAGAUGUUCUGGAUGCGGUGAAAAAUUGAAACAGGUGACAUUGUACGCUGAUUCACCUUUGCCAACAGUUGCUUAUCAGUGUAGUAAAUGUGAGCAAACUGUAUGGUUUGGACAGAAAGUGGACUAG